CUGGAGUUGGACCAACGCUGGCUCUGGUGACUGUUGCAAUCUAAAACCAGUGUGUUAGCUGUAGCCACCUCCUUCUCUCUUAGAGUCAGAGAGAGAACCUCUCUCAAAUCCCAGUAUCAACCUACAGACUUGUAAAUGAGAGGAGCACGCAAACUGACUUCAGUACAGCAGGGUAGCAGAGGACACAGACGUGUUGGAGAAGAGAGGAGCACAAACUCAUCUGGAUAUAGUCGAAGCAGAUAGAAGAGGAGACAUACAGAUCAGAGAGGACCAUAGGAACUGACCUGAGUGCAGCCAGAAAGGUCAAGGUGGAUGAGCUUGUGGCAGCCCUUCCCUGAGGCCAGCCCGUCUGGCCUCCUCCACCUCCGUGAGUUUGACCAGCACAACAACAGCCUGCACUUCUUCAACUAUGGCGUUCUAGAAGACCUCUAUUUCGUGUCCCUGCUAAGGCUGGGGGGAAACCCCUGGGUCUGUAACUACAGCAUCCACUACCUGGUGUACUGGCUACGUCUGCACCCAGGGGUGACCCACUCUGGCCUGCUGUGCCACCCCCCUUCCAAGCAUGGAGGAAAGAGUGUGGAGGACUACGUCCACUCCUACAACAGAGCCUGCGGCCAGACAGAACACAAUCAGACACAAUACGGCCCGAAAGAUUACGGCCAGACAGAUCCGGAGUUGUGGAACACUGCUAUGGUGUUGCAGGGGGAGCUAGAGGAGGAGGAGGUGGAGCCGGCACAUCUAAAAGGACCACCGAAAUACUGCAACACUAGAUUGAAUUAAACAACCACCGAAGGAUGGAAUGACUGACAUCUUAAACAUCUUUAAAGAGCGACUGCCUUUAAAAAGCAAUGAAUCCCUUUGAAAAUUACAUUGAUAUGAAUCAGAAACAGUUAUUCUAGUGUCAAACUUGACUACAAAGUGUAAAUAGGAAAAUUUUGGUCAUAAAGUCUUGUCGAAAACGGAGUUUGGAAAAUCCAUGCGUUACAACAGGUAAAUUAAGUUUGGGUUUUGAUUUGACAAUGUCCAUUUGUACACUAACAUGGGGUGAACAACUGUGGUGAUUGCUCUCUAUCCAAUAUAAUAGACAGACCUGCUCAGCAGUGCCGACUGUUUACAUAAGACAACACGUCCUGCAUUGUUUUACUUGAGAAAUACUGCACCAAACACCUUAGUUACAGUUGAAGUUGGAAGUUUACAUACACCUUAACUCAGUUUUUCACAAU